AUGGGCGCCAAACAAUUAGCCUUCUUACGCGGGCUUGCUUUUUUGUUUGUUUUUCCCCGUGUCUUUGCGGCUCUCGUUUUUGGCUUCGCUCCACCAGCCCUGCCGAUAGAGCGGCGACACGCGCCCCAAGACCGACAUGGACAGCACUGCGUCCCAGCAAGACGCGGCGGGCCCUGGCACUGUGUGGUGCCGCAAGCCUGGCACAGCAAGUUCUCCAGGGGGCGAACGUUGCUGGCGUUUGGCUUCCCCCGACAAUACGGGGUAAUGGACCCCGGUGCCACGAUUAAGUGGCCGGUAUCGCCAGGGAUUAUGGCAACGGAUUCCCCAGUCCGGGAAACCGGGCAACCGACGGUGAAACUUAUAGAUGGGUAG